AUGGAGGCAAACAUCGUCCGAAUAAAAUGUUUUAGAAAUGAGCUUUCUCACAUUUCCUCUACCGGAAUUGCAAACGCUGCCUUCGAAGACAAGUGGAACAAGAUAGCGUCGUCUUUAGAGGCCCUUGAAAUGAGUGUUCAGCGAAAGAAGCAUGUAGAGAAAAUGGAAGCGUUGAAGAACGAUCCCAUUGAUCACGACGUCCGGUGGCGUUUGGAGGAACAACCUAAGAUAUGGGAAAGGGUGCGGGAACAAGAAAAGAUUGACACGACAAUUUUCAGCCCCCGCAGCUGUUUACCGGACAAAAUAUCCGAAGAGAAUAUAUUUGGCCGUGACAAAGAAAUAAAGCAAAUCAAAGAUAUGGUUGUGAAAGGAGACCCUGUUGUCCUGAUCACUGGUGGACCCGGAUUUGGAAAGACAACUGUGGCAACCGCAGCGGCUCAUGAAAUGGUAAAAACAGAGAAUGACAGGAUUGUGCUGUUUUGCAGUCUGUCGUCAACAAAAAGCUUGAACGAGGUUGCUACAGAAAUGAUCCAUUCAUGCGGAGCCGUCCAAACGAAUUUGCCCGAGAAUCCAGUUCAGUGGCUCAAAAACUGGAGCAAACAGAUCCAAACUCAAGUGACUUUUGUCCUUGACAAUGCAGAUGACAUCCUCGACUCUGACGAUCGAACAUCAUUCCAUAACCUCAUGUAUUCCUUGCGAAUGCUUUCGGAGCAAAAAGUGACGUAUGUCAUUACCACGAGAAAGUCAUUUGAAGAUCCUAAACUUCAGACCAACGAAGUGAGACUAAACCCGUUAUCAACCGAAGAAGCAGAGAGAAUCCUUGUGUCUCGCGUGUAUGACCAAAAUGUCCGAAAGAGGCUCUGCAAGACGGAUGAAAUAGUUGAACUUUGUGGCUGUGUACCCUUGGCUCUCUGUGUCGUUGGAUCAUUGCUUCUAGAUUACUCCGAGGAAAAACUAAUAAAAAAUCUUAAGGAUCAACCUUUCAAGGUAUUGGAAGAUGAUCAGUUGUCAGUGGGAAAGGCAAUAAAGACUUCCUUUGAUCUCUUGACGGUAGAUGAACAAUGCGCUCUUGUUCUUAUGUCUGUGUUUCCGGGCUCUUUUGACUCAGAUGCUGCUGAGGUCAUAGUAGAAGCUUGUGCAAGCUCUGAAACCCUUCCUAUUUCUAUCCUUCGUUCUUUGAAAAACAGAUCGCUUGUGGAGCAACCAAGUUCCCAAAGAUAUCAGUUGCAUUCACUGAUUAAAGCCUUCGCGAAAAAUGUCGGUCGAUCAGCGUCGUCUUUGGCUAAAGGAGAGAAAGUGGCAUGUGCUCAUUACAUGUCUCGCCUCGCUGAAAACGCCGAUUGUUACUGGGGUAAGGACACUUGCAAGCAGUCCCUCGAUUCCUUUAAUGAAGACAGGCACAACUUUGAGCACUUUCUUCAAGCCUUCGCUCAAUGGAGGUGAAGUGAGGGCUUUGUGGC